AGCCGGUCUAUCAUUUAGCUUUGUGCUACCGCUGCUCUCAGGGGUUCGUUCCUCGGGCGCGUCAUCAUCUUAAACAGCAGAAAACAUUAAAACGUAACUUUCUACCGGAUAAAGAAUCGUUCCCGCUUAGAUAGGAACGUGUUGUUAUCUCGCAGCUAGCCGCUAGCUUGGGCCGCAGCCAGCCGGAGCAAGAGUUCCUUCGCCUGUUUUAUGUGGCCGCCGCUUCACGGACAUGUUGGACGGAUCUCCGGCUCUCCGCGAUGAGGCAAACAUCGGGAACGUGGAGAACAACAACCCGGGCAAGUUGAUCUCCGGCUGCGAUGGGGGGAACGCGGGGAGCCGGGCGAGGCAGGCGCUGCUGAAGAAGGGAGGGAGGAAGCUGCACCUCCCGCAGAAACAGCCGCGGAACAGCCCGAUCAUCCUCCUGUCGGACCGCAACAACAACAACACCGUGACGGCUUCCUCCGCCAACCGAACCGCGGCGCAGCCCGAGCCCCCGGCCCCGAGCCUGCACCCGCUCCGCCCGGGAGCCCGGACGGAGCUGCUGAAAUCCAAAGGUGGGCGAUUGGAGCGAGGGGCCGUUCAGCCCGGGGGCCAAACGGCCCGCAACCUUCCCCGACACGAUCAAGUGGACCAAAAUGUGAAAACCCGGAGCCAGAAGCCCAAACUGGACCAAACACCAGGAGCUUCUCAUGCCACAAAGAAGAGAGAUCACAGAACUCCCAACAAGCCCUCCUCUCUUCACCCGCCUCCAUCAGGAGAGCAGAAGAAACCUCUCCACUCCUCCAACAACGUGAAGAUGGAGAGCGCACUGCCCGCUGAACCUGCCCUCGAGAACCUCAAAGAUGGCGAGAAAGUCUACGCUGGAGCGAAGUUCAGCGAGCCGCCCUCGCCCAGUGUCUUACCCAAACCGCCCAGUCACUGGUUCGGGGAAAACGAGCCUCAGCACAGCAACCAAAGCCGAGAACAGAUGACUGUUCAAUUAAAGUCGCUGCUCAAGGUUCAAGAUUCACCAUGACCACGGUCUGGUUUUUAAAUUGGAGCGAACAUGUCCGAAACAUGAUUAACAACGAACGACGACAAUUGAAAAAAUAUAAUCCAGUAAAUAUAAUUUGGCCGUUAACCCAUUGCAAUACAACUAUGGGAGUUUUUUAUCAACAUUAAUGCAAUUUCCCAUCUGCCAACACGCUGCAGGC